CCUCACUCUUUUCUUCCCUGUCUCCCGGAUGCACGCCUCCCCCUCCUCUCUGAAGCGAUUGGGGACUGUUCUCUGCUGGAUCGUGCCCUGGAACUUGCAUUGAGGCUGGCUGGGGUUAUUCUGCACCUGGCCACUUUGCUGGAGCUCCUCCCCCCGAUUUGGGCAGCGUUCUCAGCUCUUGGUAAUGAGGGAACUGGCUGCUGCUGCUCUGACGUUGGGGCUGCUGAUUGAUGUUCUGCCCUGUGACCCGGACCCGCUGGAGUGGAAAGCUAACAGAAGAGAGGCUGACAGGAGACCAGCAUGUCCAGCUAUGAUCCCCUCCCGGAAAUUGAGCGCCUGUUCAUUAAGCAGUAUGAAUACAGCAAGCAGCCGGACUGGUGUCUCCCUGGUGCCUCAGAGUUGUUGAGCUGUGAGCACGAGGAGUUUAGUCUUCUCCUCUCCCUGAAGGAGUCUCUGAAUGAAGUGAAGAACCGGCUGAGUGAUAAGAAAUUGGAUGAUUGGCAUCGGCACACGUCAUUCACUAACAAAGCUGGGAGGGUCGUCCCCGAGGUCCGCAGACAAGCAAAUGCCGAACUUUGUACCCAAGCAUGGUGCAAGUUUCAUGAGAUAGUGUGCACUUACCCCCUCCUACCCGACCACGCACUAUGGGACUCUGAACUAAAUACUGUCCACCUAUGUGAGGCGCCAGGGGCCUUUAUAGCCAGCCUGAACCACUAUCUCAAAACCCAGAACGUGCUCUGUGAUUGGAGCUGGGUGGCGAACACUCUCAAUCCUUACCACGAGGCCAAUGAUGGUUUGAUGAUGAUCGUGGAUGACCGUCUAAUCGCCAACACGUUACCUUGGUGGUACUUUGGCCCAGACAAUACUGGGGAUAUUAUGAGGCGUGAUUACCUGAGUGGGUUACAGAUGUUUAUCAGCAACAUGUCUUCUGUGCACCUUGUUACAGCAGAUGGCAGCUUUGAUUGCCAGGGAAACCCGGGGGAGCAGGAGGCUCUGGUUUACCCCCUGCACUAUUGUGAAGUGGUCACCUGUCUGGAGACACUUAGUCCGGGAGGUUCCUUUGUCUUGAAGAUGUUCACCCUGUUUCAGCAUUCUUCUGUCAACCUUAUGUAUCUCCUGAACUGCUGCUUCCAGGAGGUCCACGUCAUCAAACCCGGGACUAGCAAGUCUGGGAACUCCGAAGUGUACGUGGUUUGCCUGCAUUAUAUCGGCAAAAAUUCCAUCAAGGAUCAUCUGACUAUAAUGACGGCAAAUUUUGGUAUGGAGAUUGGGUGCAAAUCUCUGUUUCCUCGGAGAUUCCUCCCACCAUCAUUUUUGGAAUCCCACCAACAAUGUUGCACCUUCUUCUACGAGCACCAGACACAAACCAUUCUUGAAAAUAUUGAACUUUUUGCCCACAUGGGGGCGGAAGAUAAAUCUCGCCUGAACUUAUUGCGGGAAUCAGCUGUCUGCUAUUACAUGGACAAGUUCCAAGUGAAAUAUAAUCCCAGGAAGUCCUGGCUGGUGAAGAAGCCGCUCGUGGGCUGUCGGUUUAACUCUCGCUGGGUGGGGACGAGUAACCGCCGCAGCGACACUUUCAAUGAGCGCAAGCAACUGGAAACUCUGACGUGGGAAGAGAAAGUCGCCCACGGCUAUUUCAACUCUUGGAUUAAUGACCAUGUCACCGGUAACGUAGGCCGGGGCUGCUUGCUGAGACGCUCAAGUUGUUAUCUGAAAAGUGAAGGGUGGUACUUGCUUCAGGGCCAACGACUGCGGAGAAUCCAGAGCUCAUCGUUUUGCGAUAGUGAACUGCUGAAUGCAUUCAAUGAGACCAUUGAGGGGUGUAUUGAAGGGAAAAAAAAUGUCUCUGGUGCAUUGUUUUGUUCUUCCUGUUGUCUACAGUCUGCGGAGGAUGUGGCCUCGGAGUUCCUGGAAAUGGUGGAGAAUGGACAUGGCAUCCUGGUCAGUGGGGCUAAUUCAGUGUUUGACGUUCUCAGUAGAAGACAGCUGGCAUCAAACUUCCUCGAGUCUUUCCCUCCUAACAGUCCCAUUUCUCUUCUCCAUGAUGGUGACCCGGCCUACCAGCAGCAUCUCAUAUCCUUACUGCUCUGCUCUAUCCAGCGGCUGCAGAUCGGCGACUCCUUACUGCUUCCCGUCCUGUCCGCUUUCACCCGCUUUACAGCCGGCGUAGUUUAUGUAUUAUACCACUGCUUUCAGACCAUCUGCUUCUCUUGUCCCGUCGGCCACCUGGCUGCUGGAGCUGACGCUGUGCUACUGUGCUGCGGAUACCACCCUCUCCCCAGCUCGGUCAUUCAACACCUGCAGGAAGUAAAGCGACUUGUAGAUGAGCUACUGACUUCCAGUUCCCCGAAUCAGGUAUUGGAGUUCAUACCAAUGGAGGAACUCCUGAAUGGCCCAUUUCUGGAGUUCUUAUGGGACCUAAACUCUGCCGUCAUCCAACACAGCCUACACUUAAUUGGACUCCAUGAGAAUCAGAAGUCCCUAUCAAAAACUGCCCCAAUCACGCAGGAAGCUGGACAUACGUAGCGCUGCGGCUUACUGGGUGGUGCGCACAGUCAUGUAUGAUAAUCGCGUGGCUGGCGGUCUGCGCUCAUUGUAUAUAUGUAUGGCAUGCGUUGCACUUUUGGUGAGUAAGUGCUUAUGUGACUGGUGUACGACCACACUCCUAGGCCCAAGCCUUUUAGCUUUUAUUUCUGGAAUACGGUAUUUGUCCAGAAUGCUUUUGUUAUGCCGCGGCCGAUCGGUAAUUACUGCCCUCUCUCCUUUUGUUCCUUACAUGUGAAUGGCCUUCACUAUUUUUUAGUUGGAGAAUAUUGUGGUUUGUGACCAAUGUCCAUUUCAUCUUUUUGAAGUAAAACAUGAAUAUUUUUGUUCUCUCA